AUGACUCUCUCCUCUCUUCUCCGCAUUACACCCCGCUUGGCCCCAGCGGCCGCCCGCAGGUCAACUAGGGCGCUAUCAGUAUCGAGUGGUGCGCCACCAACUCGAACUUCGUUGGAUUCAAUUCUUAUUGCGAAUAGAGGAGAAAUUGCUUUGCGAGUCGGCCAAACUGCUGCAGAACAUGGCAUCCGCGUAACCACUCUUUAUACAGAUCCAGAUAGUCGGUCACAGCAUGCUCUGAGCUCUCCUUUUGCCUUCAAUCUGGGCUCCGUGUCUGCGUAUCUAGAUGGUGAUCGUAUUAUUGAAAUUGCGAAGAAGGAGGGGUGUCAAGGAAUACACCCUGGCUAUGGAUUUUUGAGUGAGAACUCUGCUUUCGCCCGGAAAUGUACUGAGGCUGGCUUGGUUUUCAUUGGACCGCCAUGGAAGGCAAUAGAAGACAUGGGUGACAAGAGCCGGUCUAAGGAGAUCAUGAUUGCUGCAGGUGUACCCUGUGUCCCUGGCUAUCAUGGGCAAAAUCAAGACCCACAUUUCCUCGAAGAUGAAGCCGACAAGAUUACAUAUCCAGUUCUCAUCAAGGCUAUCAAAGGCGGAGGUGGUAAGGGUAUGCGUAUCGCUACAACCAAAGCAGAAUUCCAAGCACAAUUGGAAUCAGCGAAAUCUGAAGCCUUGAACUCCUUUGGAGACGACCAUGUGCUGGUGGAGAAAUACAUCACAACACCUCGACAUAUCGAAGUACAGGUGUUCGCUGACAAGUAUGGUAACAGUGUAGCACUCGGUGAGCGAGACUGCAGCAUUCAACGAAGACAUCAGAAGAUCCUUGAAGAGUCACCGGCGCCGCAUCUCCCAGAUGCGACUAGAAAGGACAUUUGGGCCAAGGCCAGAUCUGCUGCUUUAGCAGUAGGAUAUGAGGGCGCGGGUACAGUUGAGUUCAUUUUCGACAACGACACUGGAAAGUUUUACUUUAUGGAGAUGAACACUCGGCUUCAGGUCGAGCAUCCAGUCACUGAAAUGGUCACCGGCCAGGACCUUGUUCACUGGCAGAUCAUGGUCUCAGAGGGGGCCCCGCUACCUCUGACACAGGAGGAGGUAGAGGAAAAAAUAGCCCGAAAUGGCCACGCAAUCGAGGCUCGCAUCUACGCGGAGAACCCCGAUCAGGGAUUCAUUCCUGACUCAGGGCGUUUGCUCCAUGUGCGUACACCAAAAACUUCAGAUGACAUCCGAAUCGAUGCUGGGUUUGUAGAGGGAGAUGAUGUCUCUGCGCAUUAUGACCCAAUGAUCUCCAAGCUGAUUGUUCGCGGUGAAACCCGCGAAGAGGCGAUUCUUAAACUCGGUGCUGCGUUGGAACAGUAUGAGGUGGCCGGUCCGGUUACCAACAUUGAGUUUAUCAAGAAACUUUGCCGAAGUCCUGAUUUCAUUGCAGGGGCUGUUGAGACGGGAUACAUUGAAAAGCAUCGCGAGGAGCUAUUUAGCUCAAAAGCUAUUGACGAUGAACUGUUUGCUCAAGUUGCGCUAGCUUGUCUUCAUCGCGAUAUGCACGCCGCCUCUGGGGCAUCUCAUACCCUUAUCGGAUCAGAGAUCGGGUUUGCCCCGAGUUACCAGCAGCGACAGUUUUCAUUUACUGAGUCUACUGGUCCUGCUGACGAUGGGCCCAUAUUCACAGUCCGAGUUCAGCAGAUAGCUGAUAAAUUUUACAGGAUUGAAGUGGGAGAGAGGGUAUUUGAGUCGGUUGAGAGUCAGAUAGACUCGGACACAAACGUUGUGACCUCCUUUUUCCCUCAUACCCGUCUUGAUACCACAGUUGUGCAGGAUGAGGAUACUAUCAUCGCAUUCCAGCAGGGCAUACAGUAUCGACUAAAGGUUCCACGAGCGAAGUGGAUGGAGAAGGCACUUGGAAUGAAAGAUAUUGCCAAUAGCGUCUUGGCGCCAAUGCCCUGCAAGGUGUUACGGGUGGAAGUACAGGCUGGCGACGAGGUGGAAAAAGACCAGCCGCUGGUGGUGAUUGAAAGCAUGAAGAUGGAAACGGUGAUUCGAAGCCCACACCGAGGAAUAAUUGCACGUGUCGUGCAUCAGAAAGGAGAUCAAUGUAAAAGCGGCACUCCUUUGGUCGAAUUCGCCGAAGAAGAGUAG